AGCGAUGACAGCUCCAGCCAGGAGGACGAGACGCCCCCAGCCAAGAAACCAGCAGGAGCUGUGCCCAAGGCAAAAGCAGUUCCUCCAGCCAAGAAGGCAGAGAGCAGCAGCGAGGACUCCAGUGAUGAUUCAGACUCGGAGGAAGAGAAGCAGCCAGCAAAGAAAGGCGCAAAACCUGUGGUGAAGCCAGCUGGAACCAAAAUCCAGCCUCAGAAGAAAGCAGAGAGUUCCAGCUCUGACUCGAGCAGCUCAGAUGAAGAAGCACCAAAGAAACAGCCUCCAAAACCAGCAACACUUAAGUCAGGAAGUAAAGCUGCCCAGGCAGCCACCAAGGUGGUCAAUGGAAAAGCAGCAAACAGUAGCAGCAGUAGUGAAGAUUCUGAUGAGGAAGAGGCUGCACCAAAGAAGGCUGUUCCCAAGAAAUCACCUCUGCCGAAACCUGCAGCCACUCAAGCGUGUACAGGGAAAAACAAACGUGCCAAGGAAAGUUCCAGUAGUGAGGACUCAUCUGACAGCUCAGAUGAUGAAAAGCCACCUGCAAAACAAAAGCCGAAGUCUGGUCAGUACAGUGCUGUACCACCUCCUCAAGCUACGCAGACAAAGAAGGGCCUUGCCAAGGCUCCUGCAAAAAAGGCUGAGAGCAGUGACUCUUCAGACAGUAGUGAUGAGGCAGAGCAGGUGCCCCCAAAGGGAGGAAUAGGCAAAGCAGUAGUAGCUAAAACAAUCCCUGGCCCCCAAAACAAAACUGUGACUACCAAGAAGGCUGAAUCCAGUUCUGACAGUGACUCAGAUUCUGGCUCUGAAGAUGACAAGAAGAAGGUAAGGAGUAAGCUCCCAGCUAAACAACCUGUGAUAAAGAAUACUUCCAAACUGGCAAAAGUAGCCGUCAAGCCUGGACAAGCAAAGAAAGACUCCAGUUCCUCCUCAGACAGUUCAGAUUCUGACAAGAAGGCCCCUGUGAAGCCCACAACUAAAGCAGCAACCCCUGCAACAAAGAAGUCACAAGCUGCCACAAAGAAAGCGCAAAGUAGCUCCGAUUCAGAUAGCAGCUCCAGCAGCUCUGAGGAUGAGAAGAAGAAGAAAGGCACUCCAGCUAAAUUAGCUGGCAAAGUGGGUAAGCCAGUGUCCAAACCUUCUACCCCAGCUCCCAAAGCAGGCACUUCUGACUCUGAUAGCUCAAGCAGUGAAGAAGAAGAAAAGAAGCCAGCGGUAAAACCAGCCACCAAAACUGCAGGGGCAGCAAAAGCAACUGUGGGGAAGAAGGCAGCUGCUUCUAAUAGUAGUAGCAGCUCAUCUGAUAGUUCCAGCGAAGAGGAUGAGAAGCCCAAAAAGGCAGGGAAGGGGGCACAGAACAAUUCUAAGACCACUGCCUCCAGAGAGAAAUCGAAAGCAUCCACACCAGCAGCAAACAACCUGAAGUCUAAGCCAGCUGGUGGCAGCAGUAGUAGCAGUGAAAGCAGCUCUGAAGAAGAGACUGGAAAAGUCAAUGGAGGCACGAUCAGGAAGAAACAGAAGAGGGAAGAUAUUCAGGAGCCAGAGACGCCACACAGUAAAAAGGCAAAGAUCAAAGCCAAAACACCACACACAGUUCCCAAGGUGAAACAGGUGACCUCUCCAUUCCGCCGCGUAAGGGAAGAAGAGAUUGAGCUGGAUGCCCGAGUUGCUGAUAACUCAUUUGAAGCAAAGAAAGGAGCAGCUGGUGACUGGGGUGAGAAGGCUAACAAUAUCCUGAAAUUCACUAAAGGCAAAUCUUUCCGCCAUGAGAAGACAAAGAAAAAACGAGGCAGCUACCGUGGGGGCACUAUAUCGACCCAAGUCAAUUCCGUCAAGUUUGAAAGUGACUGA